AUGGGCCAGCCUGAGCCAGUGACCACACCCUCCCUACACUCAGGCCGUGACAGCUUCCUCGUCCCGCGCAACGCCCGGCUCCUCUGGGCACUCAGAAACACAGUGUCCAGGCACGGGCCAACGGGUACCGAGUUCAAGGGACACUCCAAAGCAGAAACUCAGGCAGAACCAGUGCCCCAGGAGCCUGGGCUUCUGGGAAGCCCCUUCUCCUGGCAGUCGCCCCGCCGCCGGCUGGCACCCCUGCCGCCGCCCAGGGCAGCUGGCCAGCCUCGGGCAGUGUGGCUCCCUCCCCCCGGAGGAGAGCUGAAGCCGAACAUGCCGCAGCAGCAGCAGCAGUGGCAGCAACAGACCUGGCGUCCUGGUGCCUCCUGGCCCCUCAGCAGCAGUGAUUCACGCCAGCCUGGAGAGGGACCGAGCCUCGCUCGAUGA